GACAAAAAGACAGAAAGGCACAGGCACAGAGAGGCAAAGAGAAAUAUGGCCACAGAGUUACAAGAAGGCAGCAACCGGCAGAGAUGAAGAGAGACAGACCCCAAAGGAUGCGAGCGAGGGGAGAAACUGCGAGAAGAGGGGCUUGGAGAGGUGACAGGGGCGGGCAGGCGGGCACACAAACCCCACCCCCAGGGUAGUAAGGCAGGGCUAGGAGGCCCAGUCAUCGGGCCACCCAGCACCUGCCUUCCGCCCGAUGCUCUGACCCAAUCUGCCUCUGACCCAAACCGCCGCAGCCACCACGGCCACCGCCACCACCUGGCGCCCAGAGCCCCAGUCCCAGAGCCCAAGAACCUGGGGCCUGCCCUUCCCCUCUCCAGGCCAUGAUGAUUCUACGAUUAAUCAUGCUUGCUCUGUUGACAGGGCAUGUAGGGGGAGAGACCAGGAUCAUCAAGGGGUACGAGUGCUCUCCUCAUUCCCAGCCCUGGCAGGUGGCUCUAUUCCAGAAGACAAGGCUGCUCUGUGGGGCAACCCUCAUCGCUCCCAAAUGGCUCCUGACAGCCGCUCACUGCCGCAAGCCCCGAUACGUAGUUCACCUGGGGGAACACAAUCUCCAGCGGCGGGAUGGCUGUGAGCAGACCCGAACGGCCACGGAGUCCUUCCCCCACCCAGACUUCAACAACAGCCUCCCCAACAAAGACCAUCGCAACGACAUCAUGCUGGUCAAGAUGGCGACAGCAGCCUUCAUCACCAGGGCCGUGCGACCGCUCACCCUGUCAUCGCGCUGUGUCACUCCUGGCACCCGCUGCCUCAUCUCUGGCUGGGGCACCACAUCCAGCCCCCAGUUGCACCUGCCCCAUACCUUGCGAUGCGCCAACAUCACUAUCAUCAAGCACGAGGAGUGUGAGACGGCCUACCCCGGCAACGUCACAGACACCAUGGGUGACUCUGGGGGCCCUCUGGUCUGUGAUGGAUCUCUUCAAGGCAUUAUCUCCUGGGGCCAGGAUCCGUGUGCUGUCACCAAAAAGCCUGGUGUCUAUACAAAGGUCUGCAAAUAUGUAGACUGGAUCCAGAAGACUAUGGAGAACAACUAGCCAGGACCAGCCCAACACCCCGAUCCCUACUUGGCGACGUGGCUCUUGUUCAUUUCUGUUAAUAGUCAAGCCUGAGCGAGGACACCUUUAUGUAUUUUCUUUUCAGCCUCCUUGACGAUGAGAGAUGCUGUAGCUUAAUAAUCAACUUGGGGUUUGGAAUCAGUGAGGCCCGGGUUCAAAUCGUGACUUGUACUAAUUUGUGAUUCUGGGAGAGAGAAGAGUUGUUUGGUUCGCUGUUGUAUCCCCAAGCCCCAAAGACAGUUUCUGGCUCUCACCAAGGUUUCAAUAAACACUGA